UUUGCAUGGCGAGUCACAGAGUCGGUGAGCCAGCAGCUUUGUCUGACUCGGGAGCUCCACACCACCACCACCACCACCACCACAUCCCCUACGCAGUUCCUCACAUGCUCCACCACCCCACCAACUCUAAUUUCAUAAAUCAAGAAGGGCCAGCUUUUGAUUUCGGAGAGCUUGAGGAGGCCAUUAUUCUGCAAGGGGUUAAGAUCAAUAAUGAUGACAAAAAACAACAUUUAUACACAGCAAUCAGGCCUGCAGCAACUCUGGAUAUGUUCCCUUCUUGGCCUAUGAGAUUCCACCAGCAUACCACAAGAGGAAGCUCAAAAUCAGGAGAGGAGAGUACUGAUUCCGGUUCAGCUGUAAACACACUUUCCAACGCCCCAGAGUCUCCUUCAGACCACCGCCAGCCACCCCCUCCGCCGCAGAUGGACGCCGCCGGUGGGAUUGACAGCCCGAGGAUGAGUGGCUCACAGUCACAGCCACCAGCUGCUAAACCAGCCCCAGAAAAGAGAAGAGGGCCUGGUUCUAACUCAGACAAAGUGCUUGAUGCUAAGACAUUGAGACGUCUAGCCCAAAAUAGGGAAGCAGCUAGGAAAAGCAGACUUAGAAAAAAGGCCUAUGUACAGCAGCUAGAAUCAAGCAGGAUCAGGCUUGCUCAGCUGGAGCAAGACCUUCAGAGGGCAAGGUCACAGGGACUUUUCUUAGGAGGAGGUGGGGCUGCAAGUGGGAGUAUUAGCUCUGGUGGAGCAAUAUUCGAUAUGGAAUAUUCUAGAUGGCUAGAUGAUGAUCACAGGCACAUAUCCGAACUCCGAACUGCAUUGCAAGCUCACUUAUCCGACAGUGACUUGAGGGUUAUAGUCGAUGGAUACAUUGCUCACUAUGACGAGGUCUUUAGCCUGAAGGGCGCCGCUGCUAAAUCUGACGUCUUCCACCUCAUCACCGGAAUGUGGACUACACCUGCAGAGAGGUGUUUCCUUUGGAUGGGCGGUUUCCGGCCAUCUGACCUAAUCAAGAUGUUGAUACCGCAAUUAGACCCUUUAACGGAGCAGCAAUUCAUGGGGAUUUGCAGCCUUCAGCAUUCCUCACAGCAGGCAGAGGAGGCUCUCUCACAAGGCUUGGACCAGUUGCAGCAAUCCUUGGUUGAUACCAUUGCUAAUGGCUCUGUUAACGACAGCAUGCAUCACAUGGCUGUCGCAUUGGGAAAGCUCGCCAAUCUUGAAGGCUUUGUUCGACAGGCUGAUAAUCUAAGGCAACAGACCCUUCAUCAGCUGCACCGUUUGUUGACAAUCCGGCAAGCUGCACGUUGCUUCCUGGUGAUCGGAGAAUACUAUGGCCGACUACGAGCCCUGAGCUCACUGUGGGCUUCAAGGCCAAGAGAGAGUAUGAUUGCAGAAGACAAUUCUUGCCAAACGACGUCGGAUUUGCAGAUGGUGCAGGCUUCUCAAAAUCAGUUCUCAAACUUCUGAUUAUCAAUAUUAUUAUUAUAACCGGUUUUCUUGAUGAUUAGGUGAAAUUUGAGGUUGUUUAGGAGCUACUCUUAGAGAAAAUAGGUUUUCCUCCUAUAAUUUUGAUGUAGCUUUACUUUUAAUGUCAACAUAAUACAAUGUUCUCUUGUAAAUGUAUAUCGAUGUCUAUGCAAAUUAAUUUUCCUUUUCUUAUUAA